AUGUGUCUCCUGGUGAUAUCAACCAGAGAUCUCAGGAUGCUUCGGAUAUUUGUUGCGUCAACAGGUGUGGUCGAAUCUACUACGGCACCAAAUCUGACUGAUUCAAGCCGCAAUGUUAUUGGGUUACCUGUCCGUGGUGGAGGUGGAGGUUAUGGUCCGCCUCCUCGGAGAGCAGAUGCAGGAAUCAGCCCCACUCUCGGAGUAGUUGGUCUUACCCAAACUCUCGAGUUUGAGCGUUCUGUUUCAACCAGACUUAAAUCAUACGGGCUCGUUCGUGAGGUCGUGCCUGAGACCGAGAUCUGCCGAUCUGGCAGAGCAGGAACGUUUGUGAUCAGGAUCGGAGGACUAAGCUUCGUCGAUUCAAGGGAUAUUGUUGUUAACGAUCUAGCUCUCGGAGUAUUGAGACGAAUUGGUACCCUUGGGUCCGACCAUUCCGAUUUUUGCGCGAGCUGGAGCCUGAAGCGUCGCCCCUGA